UAUUUCUACGGAAGAUAUUUCGCACUCUCCAGUAAAUUCUAACGAUACUCCUAAACAGAUAGUGCCACAAUGUGAUGAGUCAAAGACUCGUGGUUAUACCACUGAUAUCCUGAUAUCUGAUAUAACUGAUAAUACUUUAAAUUCUAACAAUACUCAUGAACAGAUAGUCUCACGUAAUGAGGAGUCUAACACAUCUAAUCACGAAGUGACUGCCUCCGGCAAUUCCGAUACACAACAGGAAUUAGAGACCUCCACAUCUCCUAUCCCCGCGGAAACCAUAUCACUGGAAGAGAAAGAAGAAAACGAAUUCCUGGAUUCAAUGUAUAAGGAAACGGUUAGUAAAGAGAUAAUGGAGAGAAUUAGGGAGAAGAAACUUCGAGAUCAAGAGUUACUCUCAACUCCUGAGAAUAAUAUUUGCUGUGAGCAAAGUUUAAUACAAGAAAAAUACCAAGAAAUUUCCGUCACGAAUCCUGACGAUCGGCAAAAAGAAAAAUGCCAAGAGAGCGAGCUUACAAAUCAUAACAUUUACGUAACUGAGGAGCCUGAUGAGAUUGAGCCCACUAAAAGACAGUAUAUUGAGCAAGAGUUAAUAAAAGAAUUACUCAGUAGCAACCCUAUUGUGCCACCCGUUUCCUCUGAGAUUAUAGAGUAUCGAACAUUUCAAAUCACAACACAAAGCUUAGUCCUUAUCGAAAUUUGCCGUGAGUUAGGGGUUACAGAUAAAACUGCUAGAACGCAAUUAUACAAGGAAAUGUUAAACCAUCUAUCUGGUAUUACAUCAGGAAACUUGC